GAGGGGCGCGCGCCUGCGCGGAACGGCGCCUGGGCGGGAAGCGGGUCAGUUUGAAGUGGGGCAGGAGCUCCGUGGAAACGGGGCCGACACGGAGCCCUCGCGGUUAACUUGCUGGCUGCUGAACUCCGAGAUGGCCAGGCCAAUCAUUACCCCUGUGAACGUCAAUGCGACGGCUCCUGAAACCUUUGAGGUCCUGAACCAGAGGAUGAGAGUUGUGGAAGAGCAGACAAGCUCAUUGCUGAAGGAUUUGGAGGCUCUGGGAGUGAAUAGUUACAGAGUGGAGCUCGUUCCUUCCCAACCUUUGGAGCACUCUGAUGACCACCACGCCAUUAGCCCACUUUGCGCUCGAGGGGCAUUUGGUGGAGAGGACAGCGUGUUGUGGAAACACUGUGAAAAGCUGGUGAGUCGGAUGUGCCGCCUAGAAAGCGUCAUGCAUACCCUGAAGCUGAACAUGUUCCGGCUACAAACCGAGAAAGAACUGAAUCCGCAGCACACAGCCAAUCUUGAGCAGCGCCUGAACACGAUCCAGGAGGAGCAUAUGCAGGAGCUGAAGAUGCUUCAGGCAGAAGGGUGGAGGCUACGCCAGCAACUAAGCGACUCACAAGAAGAGGCGGAAAAAGCUUGCGAGCGAGUGGAGAGGCUCAGCGCUGCCUUGGAGAUCGCAACUGCGACCAAGCUAAAAGAGCAACUCUGUAAGGAGUCCAGCCUGAGGAAGUCUUUGGAAGAAUCCCAAGCAGUCCUGUUGUAUCGGGUCCAGGAUAUGGAGCAGACAGUGGAGAAUGAACGGAAGCAGGUUCACAUUCUACAGCAGGACUGCAAUAGCCUGCGUCAAGACAUUCAAACAGCCCAGGAGAGGCUGCAGAAGGAAGAAGAGAGGGCCAUCCAGCUGGAGCAGGAAUGCACACAGCUCAGAGCUGAUCUAGAAUCCCACGAGAGGGCCAUUUCCAAGCUCAGUGAAGAAGAACAAGCUGCCCGACUGUCUUUCAGCAAAGAACGUGAGGAGAACCUAAAGCUGCGAUCAGAAAUAACCGCUUUGCAAGAGAUGGCAGAGAAAGUGCAGGUGCUGAAUGAGAAGUUAAGCCAACAAUGUACUGAAUUGAGUGAGGCCCUUCGAAGGGUUAGCCUGGAGAAUGCUAAGCUCAUCUCAGAUCACCAGGCUGCUCUUAAGGAAGAACAGGACAACAUUAAUCGGAAGCUGCAAGAACAAGACUUGCUUCUGGAUAGCGCCCGGGCCAGCGUCAUGGGAGAGCUACAGAUCUUGCAGAAAGAAAAGGCUGAUCUUCAGAGAGGGAGAGACGCCCUGCUGGCUGAGCAUGCUGACUGCAAGCAGAAAGCCAGUGAAGUUGCAGAGGCCGCGACCACCCAAAAGGAACUCUUGGAGGCCACGGUUGCCAGGUUACAGAGUGAACUAGAGGCAGCUCUCCAGCGGAGCGACUCUCUGCAGAAGGAGAAGGAGAGGCUUCAGGAAGAGAUGCAGAGAACAGUCCAUGACCUGAUGCAGGAGAACAACAAAUUGGAAGCAGAACUGAGUGGAAAUAAGCUGGAAAUCAGCCCUUUGAGAGACAGGCUGACUGCACUAGAAGAAGAAAACAAGAAGUUAACAGAGCGGGAAGCAUCCCUGGAACACCAGCUGCAAGCCCAGCAGCAAGUGGAGCGGAUCCUAGUGAACCUGACAGAUGAGAAAAAUAAACUGGUGUGCGACAAUGGAAAACUUCAGAUCAGAAUGCGACAGCUGGAAGAAGAACUGCAGCCCCUUGCGGAUGCCCGUUCCGAGAACAAUCGGCUUCAUGAGCUGAACGCAGCCUUGGAGAGCAGAUAUAAUCAGGCAAAUGCAGAACUUGGCUCCCUCAAAAUGAACACACAGAAGAUGCAAGCGCACCUUAAACAGACCCAGUCUGCCCUUGACAGCCGAGAGGAGGAAUUUCUUUUGACAGCCAAAUCCUGCGACGAGGCAUUAAGAGAGAACCAGGAGAUCAGGGAGCUGAUGAGCUCGAAUGAAGAGCGAGGGAAGCGGAAGGUGACCAUGCUGCGACGCAAGCUGGAAGAAGCCAAGGGGGACAAUCUCAAAGUGACCACUAUUCUCGAGAAUGUGCUGGCUUCUCACAGGAAGAUGGAGAAGGCUCUGGAAAAGGCGCACACGGAGCUGGGGCGCAAGGAUUCUGAGCUUGCUGGCCUGAAGAAGGAUAGGACCCACAGCCAGCAAAGAAUUCAGAACUUAGAGGCAGAAUUGGAGCAGUGCCAUAGCCAGCUAGCCUUGGAAUCUCAGCAUGGUAUUAAGACGGACCCGCUUCGUAAAAUCCUGGAAGUCACCAAAGGGGACAAGAAGAAGCUGGCCCAAAAUCUGGAGCAGACGCUGGAGAGCAACAGCCUCCUGCAGAGCAAGCUAGAGCGCCUGCGAGAAGAGCUGGAGAGCAAAGAAGCCGAGUACCAGCAACUCGUGGAGUGCAGGUAUUUUUUUUGCAUACUUAAGACUCUGGAAGAGACUGUCACAUGCUUGAAGAAAUGCAAACGGGAUACUGAAAAGAAACUGAAAGAAGCCAGCAUCGAGUCAGAACAGAUAACAGCUAAUCUGGAGGAAGCUCAUCAUUGGUUCAAGUCAAAGUUUGACAGUCUGCAGCGGGAGCUUGCAAAAAACCGGCAGCAGAGGAUUCCUGGGGAACAAGGUUAUGAAGAAGAGGAGAGUCCCAUGAAGCUCCCCAGCCAGGCCUGCCUGAAGCGCUGGGAGACCAAGCAGCACCUGAAGUUCAUUGCUCGGAAGUAUCUGAGCUGAAUCAACCAAGGGCCUUGGACCGGGGAGGUUCCCGGUUAGCCAGAGGUGACAGUGUCCGGCCUGGGAAUGCGCCUUCUCAAGCCAAGGGUGCUUCUGCGUCCCAGUGGUGGGGGUGGUGAUGUCCCUGGGAGAAGGUGGCAACAGCAUGGCUGUUUACGACCUGUCAUCAGCCGAGAUGGCCCCGUGCGAGCUCAGCUUGGUCUUUCUUAAGGGGAAAACUGGGCCUCGGGCUUCAGGCUGCAUCCAUUAAAAAUCGGUUCAACAUCAGAAUGCAUUAAAAAACUUCUGCAGAGUAUAAAGUCCCUGUGUGGAGAUUCCACCUACCUUUCUUCCCAGCCCAGUCCUCCACCGCACUGGACGUGAAUGUAAUGAUCUUAGAAGGGCUUUCUUUGUCACACAGGGUGAGUGCAGCCCUCAGAGUCCCCCUCACUACAGCCUAAAACCAUCAUGUCGACAGGGCAGGGAGUGCAAAGUCCCAGUGGCGGUUUCUCAGAUGUCCCUAUUUCGAACGCUAGCUCUUUUCCAUGCAAGUUCUCGUAUUUGAUAUCAGACCAAGGCUACUCUGGGGAUAAUUCCGAGUAAGGAGAGAAAGGGGAGUGGGGUCCAGCACCUGUCAAAAAUGCUUCCUUCGGCACAACGAUGGCAAAUUUAGAAGUUAGGUUCCCUACUGAAGUUAGGCUCUUCAACAUGCACUGUUACAUUCCCCCGGAGUUCAUGUAUAGAGCAAUGCUUGUUCAUUAUCAGGUAAGGCAACAAACUGGGCAGAAGAGGCAUGAAUCACAGCCAGAUACUGACCCAGGAUAUCAUGCAUCACCUUUCCAUAAACACUUGAUUUAAUCAUCUUUCAUUCUCUAUUUAAUUUAAAUUGGUGUGACAGUUCGCCAGUUCGCAAAGCUAGAAAAUACAUGCUUCAGCCUUUGUUAAAAAAUCCCAAUUGGCCCAAGGGAGCCAGAAGUACAUUUUGAUGGACUCAUUCUCUUGUGCAAGCAGAAGGUUCCAGCAUUAGCAGGCGACACUGUUUGACCGAUCCAGCGUGAGGGUCGGAGUGCAAAUCAUGGGUGAAGUUGUGUUUUGUCUUUUUUACAUCCGUCAUUCUAGACCACUGCAUUACAAGCAUGUACAUUUGAUAUAUCUGAGUAUCUCCACAACAGACGUGUAUGUGUAUAUUUGAUUAAUUUUGUAGUUUACAACUGAUUAAAAUAUUUUUACAACAAU